UCAUGUUUUCUAACAACUACAUCCGGGGGAGUAUUUAGCGAAGGCAAGACUAUGAAGCACCGGCACACCGUAGAGGCGUAGACUGGCCACCGCUUUACUUUUCUGUCGCCGUUUCUCUUAUUAUUGUAAAUUACUUCUCUCUCUAUCUUUAGAUUUAAACUCUUAUGCCAAAUCAAUCUUUUGGUUGUUAUUCAAAAUUUCAAUCUCAAAUUUUGAUGUACAUAUCUCAAUACUUAUGCUAACAAUAGAAUUUUAUUGAAUUGAAUUUGAGAUUGCUAUUUGGUAAAAAACUCUGAUGAUUGAAUUUAGUGUAUUGGCUGUAAUUGACUAUUCAAAAUUUGUGAAUUUUGAUCGAGUAUUCUGUUAAAAAGCCUCUGAUUCUACUUUUAGCAAUGCCACUUUGAAAGAAAGGAAAGCAGUUAGGUUGGGUCAGAAUUUGUCGAUUUAUUCGAUGGGUAUUAUACAUUUAUAUUGUUGGUGACUUAUGAAUUCUAUCUAGAUAUUUGUGAUUGUGGAAAUUUGAAUUGAGUGUAUACUUAAGUAAUUGGUGAAAUUUGGGAUUAGGUAAGACUUGUGGAUUAUUGAUCAUCUGCGUUUUCGAUUGGGUAUUAGGAUAAAGUUACAUUGUUUUGAAUACAUUAUACAUUGUUGUUCCGCCAUUAGACCAACGAGGAUGGAAAAGAAGAAGAACGGGAAUUCCAAAUUGAGGAUAGCAAUUUUACACCCAGAUCUUGGUAUAGGUGGUGCAGAAAGAUUGAUUGUAGAUGCUGCAAUAGAACUAGUUUCCCAUGGACAUAAUGUGCACAUUUUCACAUCGCAUCACGACAAGAAUCGAUGUUUUGAGGAGACGCUUAGCGGUGCCUUUCCAGUCACUGUGUAUGGCGAUUUCUUACCAAGGCAUAUCUUCUAUCGACUCCAUGCUGUAUGUGCAUAUCUCCGAUGCAUUUUUGUUGCACUUUGUGUUCUGUUCAUGUGGCCUUCAUUUGAUGUUAUAUUGGUUGAUCAAGUCUCCGCUGUCAUUCCAGUAUUGAAGCUUAAAAGGUCUAUGAAGGUUGUCUUUUAUUGUCAUUUUCCUGAUUUGCUCUUGGCUAAACAUACUACUCUCCUUAGGAUGAUAUACCGCAAACCUAUAGAUUUUUUAGAAGAAAGGACAACAGGAAUGGCAGAUCUAAUCUUGGUAAACAGUAAGUUCACUGCAUCAACCUUUGCAAGCACUUUUAAGCAUCUAGAUGUUGGUGGGGUUCGUCCUUCAGUUCUUUACCCAGCAGUUAAUGUGGACCAGUUUGGCGAAUCUCAUGCAUACAAAAUGAACUUCCUGUCAAUCAACCGUUUUGAGCGAAAGAAGAAUAUUGAAUUAGCGAUCACAUCAUUUUCAAAGCUUCUCACCCUCGAGGACAAUAAUGCUACUGAUGUAAAACUGACUAUUGCAGGUGGUUACGAUAAACGCUUGAGGGAAAACGUCGAGUACUUGGAAGAACUCAAAUUCUUAGCACAAAAGGAAGGAGUGGCUGAUCGAGUCAAUUUCAUCACUUCUUGCUCCACUAGUGAAAGAAACACUCUUCUUUCGGAAUGUCUUUGCCUCCUAUAUACGCCGCAGGACGAACACUUUGGUAUUGUACCGUUGGAGGCAAUGGCAGCCUAUAAGCCCGUCAUUGCUUGUAACAGUGGAGGACCUACAGAAACCGUUAAGCACGAAGUCACAGGAUUUCUCUGUGAUCCUACUCCACAGGGGUUCUCGUUAGCUAUGGGCAAAUUCAUUCAAGACCCUGAUUUAGCACAAAGAAUGGGGGAGUGUGCCCGUCAGCAUGUCGUAGAGUCGUUUUCAAACAAGGUUUUCGGCCAGUAUUUGAACCAAUAUAUUGUCGACAUCGUUAGAGGGAAACUUGAUUGAUAAUGUAGGAACUAUUUCCAAUCGAGCAUAGGUCAGAAGUUUUGCGUAUCCCGAGUCUGUAAAGUAGAUACCUCGUAUAACAUAUGUAUGUUGAUACUUGAUAGUUGAUUCACGAAACACAAGUUGAAUGAUUUGAUUUUGUGUUGUUUAAUGAUAGGAAAUUUGCGGGAGAGUUAUUUUUGAAGAGAUGAAUUGGUUAAUUUCAUCGUUCUUUUUAAAUUUGACAUAAUUUUCAAUUA